AUGGCAAAAUACGACAUGUCUCAGCCCAAAGAGGACAUCGGAGAGACAGGUAAAAUCGCAAUUUUUUUCGCCCCAAAAACCAGGCAGAACAAAUUCCUGGUGCUGGCUGAAGAAAGCCAAGAUGGCUCAGAGGAGCCGGAGCUGGAGCCCUUGCGAAGCAUGCAGGCACUAGACCAUCCGGUCACCGAUGGUGUCUUAAAGACUAUGCUGGACGCAAUGUCCGAACAAAGAAGGCAGACCCUACAAUCCUCACUAGGAGAUCUCCGCAAAUAUUUGCAGGAACUAGGGGCCAGAACAGCCACAGUAGAAAACACCAUGGCAGAGUACACUGAGGCCCGUGCUGAUAUGGCUAUAAAAAUGGAUGUAGUAUAA